AUGCCUAAAGCCGUCCAGAAGGGCCACUGGACCGAGGCUGAGAACUGCUCGUUGUUCUUUCAGAUCGUUCAACAACUCAUCGGAGCCAAUCCCACCAAGGAGGACAUCAAGUUCGACGAGCUCGCCAUCCAAGGCCGUACCACUCGCUCACUCUGGGAGCGAUGGGUUCGAAUCCAAAAAAAUGCCCUUGGUACCUCAGGCGCUCCUCGCUUGGGUGGAACCAACCCUCCGGGUGGUGUAAACAAGGCUGCCGGAAGCAAGGAGACCCGAUCAACCAAGCUCAAGGCCCAUAGCUACCACUCUGCUCCCAAGCGCAAGGCCGAUAACAAGGCUACCACUCCCGCUCCCAAGCGCCAGAAGUCUGCCCCGGAGAAGAGUGUCACGGCUGUGGCUGGACUCCAUGAUCCCAAUGAGAUCGAGCUUCUGAGUGACGAGGAUCUCGAUGAGGAUACCUUCGUGCCUGUCGAACGUCCCAGUUACUCUGACUAUGGUGGUUAUGGUGGUUAUGGUCCUUAUAGUGCUUAUGUUUUCCAUACAGUGGUCCUGGUAUCUGCAUCUCCCAUCUAUAUAUUUCCUGUUAUCGUCCGACCUGCCCGAGUCGCAGAGUCGCAGGUCCACAACAAACUCACCCGCCCUUUGGCGCCAUACCUACCCCCCUCCCCCCUCGGCCUCGCCAUCAGUUCAAGUCCUAUCUUGGUCAGCCUCGUUUCCUGCCUCUCCUUCCGCCUCCCUCUCCCUCCCUUCGCCUUGACCUCUGCAUCUGCUCUCCGCCGUCAGAGGAUAGCUCAAAACCUCUCUCUCAUCCUCCAACAAGUCGAUCCUUCCAUAUCGGCUCUGCUGGAUGCUGAGAGUCCUGCGUCUGCGAACGAGCCACCACUCGCUGACGUGCAUCUCCGACUCUCGAAUCGCCUUCAAAGCGACUGCUCAGGGCCCUACCGGAAGCUCCCUUCCAUCCUCGAAACCAGCCGUUCUCUCCGCCCUUUCAGUAGCGCCACAAUGAAUGGCGCCAAUGGCUCUGCGCGCGCAAAGCGGAAGCAGCAUCCAGGAUCUGCGGCCGACAGACCACCAAAGCAUCGCGCGAUCAACGGCAAGGAAUCAGCUGGGGAGAAUACACCAGAGGUAGGAUCCGUCUACGAGGACGAAGAUAUAGAGAUGGAGGAGAUGAGAAUAUUGCCUGGCUCGACAGCAGAUACCGCAGAGUGGCAAGCCUGUGUGGAGAAGGUUGUUCGAAAUGUUGUCUCUAUUCGCUUCUGCCAGACCUGCUCCUUCGAUACGGAUCCGGCUCUUACGAGUGAAGCUACGGGAUUCGUUGUGGAUGCGGAAAGGGGAUAUAUCAUGACGAAUAGGCACGUUGUUGGAUCCGGACCGUUCACAGGUUACUGUAUCUUUGAUAACCAUGAGGAGGUCGAUGCCUUCCCCGUCUACCGCGACCCCGUUCAUGAUUUUGGCAUUCUGCGAUUCGACCCCAAAGCUAUCAAGUAUAUGCCUGUGGCUGCCCUAACGUUGAGACCAGAUCUGGCGAAAGUUGGAGCCGAGAUCAGAGUUGUUGGUAACGAUGCUGGAGAAAAGCUCAGUAUUCUCUCGGGAGUUAUCAGUCGGCUAGACAGAAAUGCCCCGGAGUAUGGAGAUGGUUACUGCGAUUUCAAUACAAACUACAUACAAGCCGCGGCUGCCGCGAGUGGAGGAAGUUCGGGCAGUCCGGUGGUCAACAUCGAUGGAUACGCUGUGGCUCUUCAGGCGGGUGGCAGAAGUGACGGCGCUGCGACCGACUACUUCCUACCGCUCGACCGACCCUUACGAGCUCUGCGAUGCAUUCAGGAGGGAAAGCCAAUCACCCGUGGAACGAUACAAUGCCAGUGGAUGAUCAAACCCUUCGAUGAGUGCCGCCGACUUGGCCUUACCCCAGAGUGGGAGAGUGCUGUACGGAAAGGAUUUCCCAAGGAGACUGGAAUGCUGGUUGCUGAGAUUGUUUUACCGGAAGGCCCCUCGGACCACAAGAUCGAGGAGGGAGAUGUGCUCAUCAAGGUCAACGGCGAACUCUUGACCCAAUUCGUCAGACUGGACGAUAUCCUCGACUCAAGCGUUGAUGGUAAUGUCAAGCUUCUCCUACAGCGUGGUGGAGAAGAUGUCGAAGUUACAGUCACAGUCGGAGAUCUCCACGCCAUCACCCCUGAUCGUUUUGUUUCCGUUGCCGGAGGCAGUUUCCAUGAUCUCUCGUACCAACAAGCUCGACUGUAUGCUGUUGCCUGUAGGGGUGUAUUUGUUUGUGAAGCCACCGGCUCUUUCAGAUUUGACAGCACAGACAACGGUUGGAUUAUUCAGACGGUAGACCACAAAAAGACUCCGGAUCUGAAGACGUUCGUCGAGGUCAUGAAAGAUAUUCCUGACCGAACGAGGGUCGUUGUCACUUACAAGCACCUCCGAGAUCUCCACACACUCAAUACCAGCAUCAUCCAAAUUGAUCGACACUGGUCGAGUAAGAUGAGGAUGGCCGUCCGAAACGACAAGACUGGACUGUGGGAUUUCUCUGACCUAGCCGACGCCAUUCCCCAGAUAGCUCCGGUGCCACGUUCGGCAAGCUUCAUAACGCUGGAGAACACUCAGAACCCGGCUGCUGCCAACAUUGUCCGUAGUUUUGUCCGAGUCCUGUGCCAUAUGCCUGUGAAGCUGGAUGGAUUUCCAAGAAACCGGAAGUGGGGUAUGGGCGUUGUGAUUGAUGCAGAGAAGGGCCUGGUUGUCAUUUCUAGAGCCAUUGUACCCUACGAUCUCUGUGAUAUCACCAUUACCAUCGCUGAUUCUAUCAUCGUCGAAGGCAAGGUAGUUUUCAUGCAUCCUCUUCAGAACUACGCCAUCAUCAAAUAUGAUCCUUCUCUCGUCGACGCUCCUGUCCAGAGCGCCAAGUUGAGCACUGUCCCUGUGACUCAAGGAGCAUCGACCUACUUUGUGGGCUUCAACCAGAAUAUGCGUAUUGUCACUGCCCAGACAACAAUCACCGAUAUCACCGCCGUUGCCAUCCCGGCGAACUCCGGGGCACCCCGAUACAGAGCCGUGAAUGUUGAUGCGAUUACUGUCGACACAAGCCUCAGCGGUCAGUGCGGAAGUGGUGUUCUCGUUGGUGACGACGGAACUGUUCAGGCUCUCUGGCUUACGUACCUUGGCGAGCGCUCUCAUGCCACCCAGAAGGAUACCGACUACCAUCUCGGUCUAGCAACUCCCUCUCUACUUCCAGUGAUCAAGCAGAUUCAACGAGGCGAGACUCCGAAGUUACGGAUGCUCAGUGUCGAGUUCAAUGCCGUCCAGAUGAGUCAGGCCCGCAUUAUGGGUGUGUCCGAGGAGUGGAUUAAGAAGGUUGCGGAGGAUAACUCCUCCCGCCAUCAACUCUUCAUGAUUCGGAAACGCACGUAUGAAAAGGGGGAGCAUUCAAACAAGGACAAGGUCAUCACUGAGCUGCUCGAGGGAGAUGUGAUCCUGUCGCUCAACGGCAAGAUCAUCACCCGUGUCUCUGAGCUGGACAUUAUGUACGAUCACCUCUACCUAGACGCAGUUAUCGUUCGCGAUUGUGUCGAGAUGAAAGUGACGCUACCCACUGUCUCUGCUGAUGAUCUGGAGACCGACCGAGCUAUCAGUUUCUGUGGUGCUAUCCUGCAUAAGCCGCAUCAUGCCGUCCGCCAACAGAUCAGCAAGUUGCACAGUGAGGUUUAUGUGUCCGCUCGGACGAGAGGAAGCCCAGCAUAUCAGUACGGACUUGCGCCCACAAAUUUCAUCACGCACGUGAAUGGAAAGGCGACGCCUGAUCUGGAGUCUUUCUUGAAGGCUGUAGUUAAUAUUCCUGACAAUACCUACUUUCGCCUCAAGGCCAUGACCUUCGACCAAGUGCCAUGGGUCAUCACGAUGAAGAAGAAUGACCACUACUUCCCGACAAUGGAGUGGAUCAAGGAUGCUUCCGAGCCGAACGGGUGGAAGAGAGUCACGUAUGAGCAAGGAAGGGUUGUGGCAGGUGAGGGCAAGGAGGGAAUCAAUGUUGUGGCGGGUGAUACUUUCGACGAUGGAGAUGCGGGAGAUAUUAGUAGCUGCGGAAAUCAUGGGCCGGAGCAAUCAGGUGUGGAAUUUGAAACCGCAGCCCUUGGUCUCAAAGGAGAUCACUCGCAACCAUUCAACACAUCUGUUUGCUGUGUACUAGACUUCAUGCAGCUUCCCGUCGAGUAUCUGGCUCGCGUCAAUUGUCCGGUCUUAAUCAUCCUUGCGCUUCUAUUCACAGCUCAAGUGAUUCAGCAGUGCUCCCCUGAUGUUGCACUUGAUCAGUGGCCACUUACUCUCCAUGCCACGGCGAUCAAAUCUACGCAUACAGACUACUCUUUCGCACAGAAGACAAUGCACUCCAGAAUUUUCAAUCUAACAGGGCUGGGCCUCGCCAUCUCCGCAGCCCUAGCCACCGUCUGCGACGAAGGCUACUCGAUCUGCUCUCCUCCUGGCGCCAUCUCCGCCACCACACCUCGAAUCGGCAGCCCCGACUUCCAGAGUCUCUUAACCGACAUCGUCAAGUCCUCUCUCCCAUCCAGCUCGGCGACCCGCUCGCUACAAGCGAAGCGAGGACCCGCCUCUCUCUGCUGCAACGCCCUGCUCUCCUGUCUCACCCUCGCCGAGCUCGCGAUCCCGUUCUGCUACGACCGCCUCACGACCAACUACUUCCUGCCCGAUGGAAACCCUGCCGCCCACGCCGAGCCAGCUCACCGACGUCGGCGUCGGGCUGGACGUCCCGCCGAGCGAGCUGGGCAGCGGCGUCACGCUGACGUAUACGACGACGGUGCCGGGGCGGACGCAGCCGGGCACGACGAUCCCUGCGUCGACGGUGCGGGCGACGACGCAGGUCACGAUCCUGCUUCCCGCGACGAGCGGGAGCCACCUGGUUGUGGUGACGGAGCUGAGUCUGGUUACCGUCGAGAGUACCGUUGCCGGGAUGACUUUUGCCGGGAGGACGGUCGCCGGGACGGUGGCGACUGUUACGACGACGGGGGAGGGGGUUGCCAGUUCGAAGCCUACGGCUACGGGGAAGAAUGGGGCGGGGAGGAUGCGGGAGGGGGGUGGAUGCUGGAUGGUGAUGGUAGUGGUGAUGGUGUUGUCGAUGGUGUAUUCUGUUUAGUGAUGUGGCUACUGGGCUCAUACCUGUUUCCUUUACGGAGUAGUACCCGGCGUAGAAGAUUAACCAACCCUCUUUAUUUAGCGCUCGACUGCUCUUAUGUUUAG